GCAACACCCAGGGCACCAUCAAGGAACAAACCUACUUUGAAGGAAUUGUCAGGAACAUUGGCAAGUGGCUCAGAGCAGGCCCAAAAACCAGCAUCCCCUCCUGGAGAAGUAAGUACCUCUGGACAGCAUUCUAGGCAAAAAUUGGGACUCAGGAGAAAGAAGAUUGAAGUGAAGAUGUACAUCCUGUGGGAAAGAAGAGGCUGUACUUACCAAGAGGUGAGCGAGCCCGAGGACCAUGACUACCUGUAUUGCGAGAUGUGUCAGAACUUCUUCAUUGACAGCUGUGCUACUAAUGGGCCCCCUACAUUUGUAAAAGACUGUGCAGUGGACAAGGGGCACCCCAACCACUCAGUCCUCACUCUGCCCCCUGGGCUGAGAAUCAGACCCUCAGGCAUCCCUGAGGCUGGGCUUGGAGUGUGGAACGAGGUGUCUGAUUUGCCGCUGGGUCUGAACUUUGACCUCUACGAGGGCCAUAUCACAGAAGAUGAAGAGGCAGCCAACAGCGGAUACUCCUGGCUGAUCACCAAAGGGAGAAACUGCUCUGAGUAUGGGGAUGGAAAGGACAAAUCCCAGGCCAACUGGAUGAGGUAUGUGAACUGUGCUUGGGAUGACGAAGAGCAGAACCUGGUGGCAUAUCAGUAUCAUAGGCAGAUUUUCUACCGAACCUGCCAGGUCGUCAGGCCGGGCUUUGAAAUGCUGGUCUGGUACGGGGACGAGUAUGGCCACCAGCUGGGCAUCAAUUUGGGCCGAAAUUGGAAGCAAAAGCUCAGGGAAAGGACAGGAACAAAACCAAAGAUCCAUCCCUGUUUCUCCUGCUCUGUGGCCUUUUCCAGUCAGAAACUCCUCAGCCAGCAUGUGGGCUGCAGUCACCCCUCUCAGGUCCUUCCAGGAACAUCAGCAGAACACCUAAAAUCAGAGGAACCCUGCCCAGAGGAUCUGAGUCAGCAGCAGCAAGAGACCGUCCCUCACAGCUGGAAUGACAAAGCUGAAGGUCAAGAGGUCAAAGAAAGGUGCAAACCUUUGCUUAAAGUGAUCAGGCAGAGGAGGAUUCCAAGGGCCUUUUCCGAACCACCCAAUGGACAAAUGGGGGGCUGCAGGGAGCGUGAGAGAAUGAUGGAGGGAGAGCCCAGCACAGGCCAGAAGGUGAACCCAGAGGACACAGGCAAAUUAUCUGUGGGAGUAGAAAUAUCAAGAGCUGUAAAUGUCAAGCAAGGCUUUCGUGAUGGGUCACAUCUCAUUCAGCACCAGGGGACACACUCAGGGGAGAAACCCUAUGUUUACGGGGAGUGUGGGCGAGGCUUGAGUGUAAACUCAGAUCUCCUCAGACACAAGAGGACACACUCAGGGGAGAAACCCUACAUUUGCGGGGAGUGUGGGCGAGGCUUCAAUCAAAAGUCACAUCUCAUCACACACCAGAGGACACACUCAGGGGAGAAACCCUAUGUUUGCAGUGACUGUGAGCGAGGCUUCAAUCAAAUGUCACAUCUCAUCACACACCAGAGGGCACACUCAGGGGAGAAAUCCUAUGUUUGUACGCAGUGUGGGCAAAACUUUACACGAAAAUCAAGUUGCAUCAGACAGCAGAAGAUGCAGUCAAGGGAGAAGCCUCAUGUUUGUGGGGACUGUGGGCGAGGCUUCCAUAGUAAGCCAAGUCUCAUCACACACCAGAGGACACACUCAGGGGAGAAGCCCUAUGUUUGCACGCAGUGUGGGCGAGGCUUCAGUGAAAGCAAAAUUCUCAUCAGACACUGGAAGACACACUCAGGGGAGAAACCCUAUGUUUGUAUGCAGUGUGGGCAAAACUUUACAUGAAAAUCAAGUCACAUCAGACACCAGAAGGUACACUCAGGGGAGAAGCCUCAUGUUUGCGGGGACUGUGGGUGAGGCUUCCGUGAUAAGCCAAGUCUCAUCACACACCAGAGGACACACUCAGGGGAGAAGCCCUAUGUUUGCAGGGACUGUGGGCGAGGCUUCGGUCAAACAUCACAUCUCAUCACACACUAGAGGACACACUCAGGGGAGAAGCCCUAUGUUUGCGGGGGAGUAUGA